AGCCAGAGGGCCUGGGAACUUGUCAAGGUGGCCGAGAGGAACAGAAAAGGGGGUGGGAAAGAGCGCCCCUCUAAAAGGUGGAUGGGAGAAUGGUGACAGCUGAGCAAGUUCCCAGAAUGCCCUGCUCUGAGCCUGACAGGGGAGAUGCACCAAGGCCGGCCCAGCCCCCUCCUCUGGGUCAAGGAUGUCUGAGCUGGAGAAGGCCGUGGUGGCCCUCAUUGAUGUUUUCCACCAGUAUUCCGGAAAGGAGGGCGACAAGCACAAGCUGAAGAAAUCCGAACUCAAGGAGCUCAUCAACAACGAGCUUUCCCAUUUUUUAGAGGAAAUCAAAGAGCAGGAGGUUGUGGACAAAGUCAUGGAAACACUGGACAACGAUGGAGAUGGCGAAUGUGACUUCCAGGAAUUUAUGGCCUUCAUUGCCAUGGUUACCACUGCCUGCCAUGAGUUCUUUGAACACGAAUGAACUAGAGACAGCAGCCAAGCUGUUCCUGUAACAGAGGCGAAGGUCACACAAGGAAGCAGAAAGAAAGGGCUUGCAGGCUAGUAGGAGCUGAGCUUUCUGGCCCUGUUGUAGUAAUUAGGAAGCUUGAUUUACUUUGUGAAUGAAAAAUUGAAAACGUCUUUCCAAGGGCCGUCUGCAAUGGCCCCUAUCAUUACUUCUGCUGCGUUAGGCAUAUGUGCUAGCUGACUGGUCCCAGGGACGCCUGGUAAUAUCAUGUAGGAACGUCAAUUCUCAGCCACAAAGCCUGUGCUAUACUGGCUGCCAUGGCUGUACAGAAUCCUAACCCAGAACAAACAAAACUAAUUACCAAAAAAAGACUGAAUAUUUGUGGUUUCCUUAAGUCUCCGCUACAUUUGAAACUACAAAGCUCUGUCCACCCUUUGAAAAAAAAAAGGCUGCCAUUUCUUAAAUUUGCUCAUCAUCAGUGCAAAUGGAACCUAAAGUAGUUAGAUGGUGUAACAAUGCUGUCCCACUAGCCCAUAGCACACUGUCUCAUUUAGAUCCCUUUUGCUAUGGUGAGCUGUGAUUACUGAGUAGAUGCUUAUUUAAUGCUAACAGUUCUAAAUGGAAAAAUGUCUCAUAAACCAACAAGUCCUGAAACUAAUCAAAACUGAGAAUCAAAAUUCUACAUAUUCUACAUUCAGUGGAAUUGUGAUGGGCUCACACUUUGAUGGAUCUGUGGGGCAUGUGUUUUUGCAGGAGGAUGGUUGGGUUCACGACCAAGGUUUCAGAUCAGCCUCUCUGGAGUUAAGUGCACUGCAAGUCAUUUCGUCUCUCCAGUCUCCUUUCCUGUCUGUGAGAGGAUGGGUUACUACCGAUGUGUCUGUCUGUCAGUGAAUGUCACUCCUGGCUUGUCUGUGCUGUUGACAAAGUCGGUGUAUUUGGAAAGCUGAACUUUAUGUUUUUGCAUCCAUGGAUUCAAAGAAAUCAAGUUUCAAAUAAUCAAGUUACUAAUACUAAAAGUCACUUCCAGGAAAAUUCAAAUUAAUCUUAUCCGCCUCUUUUUCUGUUUUGUUUCUUUAAGGACACAGCUUCAUAAAACAACUGAUCGCUUGUAUUUGCAUUAAAUAAAAGCACUGUGACAAGUC